CGCACGUGCGCACAGUGGAGUUUGUGCUGUCAUGGCGCUGAACACAAACUACUGAUCGAGAGGUCUUCAUCAUCGCUUCAGGAGCGGUUGCCUGAAUAAACAGUUUUUAGUAGUUUUAAUCAGGUGAAACGGUGUUUGUCACAGGAAUCUGCAGAAGAUGUCGGGAAAUAAAGCGGUGGAGCUGCAGAUCCAGAUGCGACAGAACGCAGAAGAUCUGCAGAACUUCCUGAAGGAGCUGAACAACUGGGAGGAAGAAGUCAAGGAGAAAGACCAGCAGCUUCGCUCCGGAGACAUCAGCGAGCCGCCGAAAACUCUCCCGCCGGUGAGGAACAGAGAUUACAAGAAGACGAAGAAGAGCAUGAAGCGGCGGACCGACGGCGCUCUGAAAGAGCAAAAGGAGACGCAGCGCAUAAAAUCCUACGAUUAUCAGGCCUGGGACAAGUUCGAUGUGGAGAAGGCGCUGGACGCCGAGGAGAGCCCGGUCCACUCCAACGAGUCGGACUCAGAAGAGCCUGCGGUGGACAGAGAUCUAGCGCUGACCGAGAAAGAGAAGGGGAAUGAGUUCUUCCGUGUUGGCCGGUACGACAGCGCCAUCGAGUGUUACACCCGAGGAAUGGACGCGGAUCCGUACAACCCUGUCCUGCCCACCAACAGAGCGGCCUGCUUCUACAGACUCAAGAAGUUCGCCGUGGCGGAGUCCGACUGUAAUUUGGCCAUCGCUCUGGACGGGAAAUACACCAAAGCGUACAUCAGGAGAGCGGCGGCGCGCGUGGCACUCAACAAACACCAGGACGCUCUCCAAGAUUACGAGAUGGUUCUCCAGCUGGAUCCUGGAAGCGCGGAGGCUCAGACGGAGAUCCAGAAGCUCCAGCAGGUGCUGGGAUCCAGCGGACGGACGGCGGAGAAGAGCGAGAGCCAGGCAGAGCCGUCACAACACACACAGGAACAGCAGAGGAAACAGGAAGCAGUCGUGCAGAAGGACAGAGGAAAUGCUUACUUUAAAGAAGGCAAGUACGAGGCGGCGGUGGAGUGUUACUCCAGAGGAAUGGAGGCUGAUGGGACGAACGCACUGCUGCCCGCCAACAGAGCCAUGGCCUUCCUCAAACUCCACAGGUUCAGCGAGGCCGAGCAGGACUGUAACACGGCUCUCGCUCUGGACGCCUCGUACGCCAAAGCCUUCGCCCGAAGAGCCACGGCCCGAGCCGCUCAAGGCAGGAUCCGAGAGGCCACAGACGACUUCCAGCAGGUCCUGAAGCUGGAGCCGGGAAACAAACAGGCCCUGAGCGAGAUCCAGAAACUCUCCGAGGAGAUGGGGAGCCGCGGUCUUCUGGCUCCAGAGGAGAACAAACAGAGGAGAAGCAUCCAGCACAUCCACAAACCUGAACAUCUCCGAUCCACCAAACCCUUGAGGAGGAUCGAGAUCCAGGAGGUGGGUGGAGAGAUCUCACCGUCCACGUCUUCACCGCUUCACAAGACCCAGAAGACGGAGGAGAUCUCGGACGCUCCUGUGUCCCAGAAGACGGAGAUCUCGGACGCUCCUGUGUCCCAGAAGACGGAGGUCUCAGACGCUCCUGUGUCCCAGAAGACGGAGAUCUCAGAAGCUCCUGUGUCCCAGAAGACGGCGGAGGUCUCAGACGUGUCCAGGGCCGAUGCUGAAGCGAUUCCUCCUCCUCCCAGCAACAGUUUCCAGCUGGAGGCCGAUCUCAGGAAGAUCAGACGUCACCCACAAUCCACUUACAGAUAUCUGAAGCAAAUCAGUCCAGACGCUUAUCUGAAGAUCUUCCAGAACUCUCUGGAGCCUGAUGUUCUCAACCACAUCCUCAGGAGCUUCCACAGCUGCUUUCAAGCUGAAGAUGCGUCUCUCCUGCUGUCCGUCCUGAGGAGCCUGGCGAGCGUGAGGAGGUUUGACAUGAGCGUCAUGUUCAUGUCGUCCGCCGAGAAGAAAAUCUUACAGGAGCUGUUCGACUGGAUUCACCGCGCCGGAGCGGGAGACGCUUCUGAGCAAGACUUACAGAAGAAAUACGGCCUUUGACCUCUGUUUGGACUGAAAACUGGAGCUCGGGUAUCAGUAUGAGGUGAAGCCGAACUGGAAACAUCACCGCUUCAGUGUGAAUGAAUCCGACCUCAGAAAAGACGCUUGGUGCCUUUAAACUCUGCUUGAUUUGGUUCCUGCAUGAGUGUGUCUCCGGUGCAGACGAGCAGAACUACAGAUGAUAUUAAUAUGACUCAUGUGUCUUCACAAUCUGCUUCUGUACUAAAUGCAAUAUUAAAGUCAACAUGAAAUCCAAA